AAGGCUGCUGUGAGGAUUAAGUUACAGAGUCUCAGAGGCUGUUCUCAGUCUAGUCUAGGCUCGAGUCUGAACUAUGGCUCGGAGUGUGGACUCGGUACUGGGUUUUUGUCGUUGCUACGCUUUUCCUGUCCUGGUCUUCAGCUACGUGCUGUUUAUCCUGGCGGGGGGAGCGGUGUUCAUGGUUCUGGAGCAGCCGGAGGAGGACCUGCUGGUGUCCGAGGUUCGGGGGCUUCGAGCGGGGUUCCUGCAGGACCACCCGUGUGUGGAGGAGAGCAGUCUGGACGAGCUGGUGAGGACGGUGCUGUCCGCCGGGAGAAGAGGGGUCUCUGAGGAGGAGGACCAGGACCAGGAGUACAACUUCGACUUCACCUCCUCGCUGUUCUUCGUCACAACUUUCCUCACGACGACAGGUUAUGGAACCACCAUUCCUCUGUCGGAUGAGGGCCGUGUGUUUUGUAUGCUGUACUGUCUGGUGGGCAUUCCCCUCACACUCCUGCUGCUCUCCUGCCUAACCCACGCACUGCUGCCCAGGGUGACCCACGCGCCCAUACGCCACCUACAGCUCUACUGCGGUCUGUCCCACAACAGAGCAGCGCUGCUGUACUGUGGGGUGUUGGCAGUGUGCACAGCGACGCUGUUCUUCCUGCUGCCGGCUGCUGCCCUCUCCCUGUUGGAGCGAGACUGGAGUUUUUUGGAGUCUCUGUACUACUGCUUCAUCUCUCUCAGCACUAUCGGGUUGGGGGAUUAUCUGCCUGGGAGAACACAGAGUCAGGCAGUGCGGCAGGGGCUGGAGUUUGCCACUUCCUGUUACUUGGUGCUGGGGCUUAUAGUUUUGCUGGUGGUGGCGGAGAGUUUCUGGCAGCUGCAGCAGGUACAGGAUUUGGUGCGUCUCUUCGUCGGGCCUCGUGUGAGCGAGCUGAUGGGAGUCGGCCUUGAUGAGCUCACCAGAGACUCGGGAGCACAAAUAAGUCCGAUGGAGCCCAGAUACACACUACCUAUCUCUACCAUCUCACACCCCAUCCCUGCUGCAUCCUCUCCUGUGGAGGGAACAUUUACACUGGGAAAACCACGCAUGGCAAGCUAUGAGAAGGCUGUAUCUGCAACAGUUCACCCAGAGCCUCCUAUAGACCCACCUGACCAAAAUGACUGAACAGGAAACCGAAUGUGAAAAAUGGAUCAACAAACUUUAUUAAUGGAGGAAAGUGAUGAUGUGGAGAGCAGUAAACUUACUUGUUUAUAAAUGUGGUCAGGUGUGCUGACGUUUCAAAUGUUGCAGACCAGGGGAUGGAUUUGCCAUCUUUAAAAAAAAUAAAAAGUCAUGGGAACAUUAUAGGAAAUGUUUUGUCCAA